AUGAUCGUCUUAAAGAUAAUCGACACACCACAAACAUUUAUUGCACAUGCAGACUCCCACGUGCGCUCUAAUCCUAGAACGACGCAUGCAAUAUCAAUUUUCAUUUAUGCAAAAGGCAGCAUCAGCUACAAAGACGACGAUGAACAAUUUCGAUGUCAUGGAAACCUGACUGGAAUAUUAAGGUCUAGGCUUCUACCUUCGCAUCGGCUUUUCUGCAGCAUCAGGAAGAUUGAUGCGUAA